UCUACGCAAAGUUUGGCGUGGAUUUCGUUCAUCCGGGCCAGACGGCAUGAAGACCAGACAUCAGAGAUGCGUUUGCCAGAUCAGUUCAGCAGCAGAAGACCAUUCCGUGAUUAUUUGGAGCUCUAAAAGAGCAGAUCUUCAUGACCAAAGUUAAGAUGUCGUGGCACUCCAUGUACAGAAGCUCCAAGUUCCGGCAUGUUUAUGGAAAUGCGGGAAGCAGGGAACAGUGUUACGAGGGAAUUCCCAUCACUCACAGCGUUCAUGACAACCACUUCUGUGCUGUUAACCCCAAAUUCCUCGCCGUGGUCACUGAGAGCGCGGGAGGAGGAGCGUUCCUCGUUAUCCCACUUCAUAAGCCGGGGCGAAUAGACCCUCAUCACCCAAAGGUCUGCGGCCACCAGGGCAGCGUGAUGGACAUCAAAUGGAGUCCGUUCAUGGACAACAUCAUCGCGUCCAGCUCCGAGGACUGUACGGUGAGGAUCUGGCAGAUUCCUGACGGCGGUCUGAGGAGGAACAUGACCGAAGCUCUGAUGAUCCUGAUUGGUCACAGCCGGAGGGCGGGGCUUAUCGAGUGGCAUCCCACCUGCAGCGGCAUCCUGAUCAGCGCCGGAUACGACUGCAAGAUUCUGAUCUGGAACCUGGAGGAGGGCGUGGCUGUGAAGAUGAUUGACAGCCAUCCAAACGUCAUCCUCUGUAUGUCCUUCAACACUGAUGGAAGUUUACUGGCCACCAGCUGUAAGGAUAAAAAACUGCGCAUUAUUGAUCCACGUUCAGGGAAAGUUCUUCAGGAAGCAGACUGUAAAAGCACCAGAGUGAACCGCGUGGUGUUUCUGGGUAAUCUGAAGCGUGUCCUCACCACGGGCGUCUCCAGGUGGAACACUAGACAGAUUGCAUUGUGGGAUCAGGAGGACCUGUCCGCUCCCAUCACAGAGGAGGAGAUCGACGGGCUGUCCGGUGUCCUCUUCCCCUUCUAUGAUGCUGACACACACAUGCUUUAUCUGGCCGGGAAGGGAGACGGAAACAUCAGGUAUUACGAGGUGAGUGCUGAGAAACCCUUCCUGCAGUUCCUGAUGGAGUUCAGAUCGCCGGCUCCGCAGAAGGGUCUGGGUGUGAUGCCCAAACGCGGCGUGGACGUGAGCGAGUGUGAGAUCUUCAGGUUUUAUAAGCUGGUGACUCUGAAAGGUCUGGUGGAGCCCAUUUCCAUGAUCGUCCCGCGCAGGUCUGAGACGUAUCAGGAGGAUAUUUUCCCGAUGACGGCGGGCACAGAAUCGGCCCUGUCGGCCGCUGAGUGGCUCAGUGGGAUUGACAGAGGGCCGCUGCUGAUUUCUCUUAAAGAAGCGUAUAAACGUCCAAAUCCAGCGGGUCUCAGAGCAUCUAAAUGGGACAGACGGACAGUGAAGGGCAUCGAUCUGCUGGAGAACAUUUCACCAAACACAGACAAAGAGCUCCUGAAGAUGGUCUACAAGCAGCAGGAUGAAAUUAGGAAACUCAAAGAUGAACUCGGAAAAAAAGACGAGAGAAUCCAACAACUGGAGCUGGAGCUGAAGAACCUGAGAAACACGUGACGAGCAAAACAGAGCUGCUUGUUCGUGUUGUUAAGGUUAAACUGAAAAAAAAUAAUUGUUUUGUGAUUUUAUGGAAUUGAAUAACAUUAUUAUGUAAGAUGGAUGUACGUUUGUACUGCUGUCACUUGUGGUUUUAAAGGGACAGUUCACCCAAAAAUUUAAAUUCAUGCAUUAUGUACUCACCCUCAUGUUCUUCAACCCAUAUGCUGAUAUUUUUCAGUAUAAUGACAGCUGAUGUAUUGAAUCUUUGCAGUGUUUAAAUUCAAAACAGAAGCUUUGACAUCCAGGUAACAUUUUCCAUUGAAGAAAGUAAGUCAUACCGGUUUAGGAUGACAUAUUGGUGAGUAUUUGGUGAAUUUUCAUAUUUUGGUGAACUCUUUCUUCAAGAUGCAGAUGUACAAAUGAAGUCUUGAUGUUUACAAGCCAUUAUAGUUCAGAUGUGCUUCUUCAUUUGUAGAGGAAGCGUAUGAAGUUCUUCAGGUUGUUUGCCAGCAGAUGGAGCCAGAGGAGAAAGCAAACUCAUCUCAAAGUCUUAGUCUGCUAUAUACAUGAGAUGUUCAAAAUCAGUGAUUGUGUUCGUUAUUUAUGCUGGCGUGAUGUCCAUGUAUUUGUAAGUAGGACAUGACAUGUUUACUCUACAAAUAAAAUAUUGCUC